AUGGAGCUAGGUCUCAUGGUAGACUCAGUCGAUGGAGUCGACAAGGCCAUCAUGUGGAAAGCACCUUACAGACCUGAGAUAGCACGAGCAGACGACAUCUCAGUCACCGUCUCCUUCCUUCGGAAUGAAGCAGCCAUGGAGCUAUGGGAAGGCAGGAAAGAAUACUGCAUAGACGGCAGAUCGUUCAGAGCCACAGAGGUGAGCAUUGCACACGACCGGUCGUUCAAGCUUCGAGCCAAGCGAGGACCUUGGGGCAAGGGAGGGAGCCUUGCCGAGCUAUCACAGCUCUUAGCUCUCGGAGGAAUGUCGACGGCUGAGAUCGCUCAGAUUUAUCGAUUUCAGCUGCUCUCGCAAUCUCUUGCAGCCGCAGAGGUACAACCACUUGCGGGCAUGCUCUUGCAGGGUCCUGGGCAGAGAGGUCGCAAGGGGCCGAGCCCGAAGACGUAUGUCGCUGUUGGGGCAAGUACGGGCACUCUCCAGCAAAACGUCUCUCUGAGCUUGGCGUCGUCGCUGAUGAGAGUGAAUGCAGACCUUGACCUCGUUCAGAGAGAGCGAGGCGAUGGAGGGGUCGAGCUCACAGCCGACACCUUCGUGCCGAGGGGAAAGAUUGCCAAGCAGAGGAAGGCACUUCGCGAGAGAGAUCAUGCGGGGCGCAGCAGCUUCAGAGUACAGAUCAAGUCGAG